CUCCUCGUUGCUGUUUGUGUGGAUUGGUCUUCAGGCUGAGGUUUUCAGUCCUGCUGUCAGAGUGUCAGCUGCAGUUUGAGCCUCCCUCUGCGCUCCGCUUCUUUUUCUUCAGUGGCUCGUUGUUUUCUCACCAGGCCCUGAUCACGGGGGACGGUGAGCGGGUCAGAUGUGCUCCUGAUCGCAGCCAUCACUCCUUCUGACAUGUUCUCCUCCUCCUGACUCCCUCUGCGUUAAUCCAGUUCAGGAGAUCAUCUUCUCAACCUUCGCCGAGGUUCCAAAAUCAACACAAAGCCAGCUCAGUGGCGGUAAAGAUGACCGCAGCACGGUAUCGUCCCACAUGGGAUCUGGCUGUGGACCCUCUGGUCUCAUGCAAGCUGUGCCUUGGAGAGUUCCCCUUGGAGCAGAUGACCACCAUUACCCAGUGCCAGUGUGUCUUCUGUACAUUGUGCCUGAAGCAGUAUGUGGAACUUCUGAUUAAAGAAGGCCUUGAAACUGCAAUUAGCUGUCCAGACUCUGCCUGUCCAAAAAGGGGGCACUUACAGGAAAACGAGAUUGAGUGCAUGGUCGCCACAGAGAUGAUGCAGAGAUACAAGAAGCUUCAGUACGAAAGAGAGGUAUUGCUGGAUCCGUGUCGGACAUGGUGCCCAUCCUCGACUUGCCAGGCUGUGUGCCAACUCAAGGAGGUGGAUUCUCCCUCAGUUCCCCAGCUCGUCCAGUGUGCCGUCUGUACCCUGGAGUUCUGCUCAGCCUGUAAGGCUAACUGGCACCCCGGGCAGGACUGUAAGGAGAACACCCUCCCCAUUACCUCGUUCCUACCAGGAGAGAACAACUCCUUUUAUAAAAAUGAGGAAGAUGAUGCGCCGAUCAAGCGCUGCCCUAAGUGUAAAGUUUACAUCGAGAGGGAUGAAGGCUGCGCCCAGAUGAUGUGCAAGAACUGCAAACACGCCUUCUGCUGGUACUGUCUGGAAUCCCUGGAUGACGACUUUCUCCUGAUCCACUACGACAAAGGGCCCUGUCGAAACAAACUGGGUCACUCCAGAGCAUCUGUUAUCUGGCACAGAACACAGGUUGUGGGGAUCUUUGCUGGGUUUGGCCUGCUCCUGCUGGUCGCCUCGCCAUUCCUCCUUUUGGCCACUCCCAUUGUUCUCUGCUGCAAAUGCAAGUGCAGCAAAGGUGACGACGACCCACUGCCAACUUAAAAAUGCCACCCAAGACGAAAUGGAGUGCCGCUCUGAGAAUGGGCCGUCUUUUUCUUUUUCUUCCCGCCCCUACGCAUUGUUUUCCUCCUACCAGCUUCAAGUGCUUUGAUUUUUUGGGGGGUGGGGGGUUAUGAUCUUGCAGCAGCAGCACCUCUGGCCGUUUUGGGAUCCAUUGCGCUGCAUGAGACGCGACGUGACACCACAGCGACUGAGGGUUGCAGCGUCAAAUGUCAGAGGAGGUCACACUUGUCAAAGCGCCGCCGCGUCCGUGUGUGUCAAGACGUUUGUUGCUUUGGGACGCGGAGCACGUGUGGGCCUUCGCCGAGGGUUCGCGCAGUAUUGUCAACACAAACGAUUCCGUCUGUCAUAUGAACCCGUAGGAGUCACUCGAGGAAGAACUUUCACUUUACUGCUCUGUUUCGUCAACUUUGUCAUACACAACAAAAGCUCGUUGCCCUCUGCCACACCUGAUGUAGCUCUACCGAUUCAGCUUGUUCGCUCGAUUUGCACACAGAACACGGGUUUUUUGUUGUUGAGUUCACGUGGGCGCUAUAGACAAGAGGCUGUCGUCACUCCCCGACCGACUCGAUCAACAGCACAUCCUCUCGAUGAUGUCAGUUUUCUAACCUGUUCAUGGACUCGUGUUUGUGUUGUAAUUUUCAGUGUUUUCCAAAAAGGUUACCUACAUGCGUUCAAGGGGAAUGCCACUCAAAUUUAAAAGUCUAGUGGUCUGGUAACAGCUGUCAGUUUUUUAAUUUGAUGCCAAACAUGUUUAUCAGAUUUUCUGAUACCAGGCAACAUAACUUUUUUUUUUUUUUUAAUCCUAGUCCAGUGGUUCUCAACCAUUUUUGUCAGAAAUACCCUACAGCUUGGGGUUGAACGUGCUCUUAUGUCAGUUGUUUAUUGCCAAAGCAUCAAUUUCCAAUAGCGUCUCCAUGGUAACAAACAGACAACAACCAAAAAAAUCCAUUCUCCAGCUAUCCAUCCAUUUUUUUUUUAAUCUGCUUAUUCCACUUAAGAGUCACAGGGUUUGUGGUGGGGGUCCCAGCAGUCACUGCCCACAAAUGCAAAUACCAAGUGCUUUUUACAUUUGAGAAAAGCUACAUACAGUGGUCUUGUCUUGGUCUUGUUGGAUUUGUGAGAAUCUACUGAAUCUACUGGUACCUUGUUUCCCAUGUAACAAUAAGAAAUAUACUCAAAACCUUGAUUAAUCUUAGUCACAUAGCACUACUAUUAUUCUGAACACUACUGUAUGUUCCUGGUCACGCCAUCUGUCUGGGUCCUUGGACAAAAAGCAUAUUCUGCAUGGUACCAAUCCACCCAGCCUUAAAUGGGCACCGGCCUUGGCUGGGCAACUACCCUGUCAGACCGGUGUCCUGUUCAGGUGCAGUCGUAGACUCUCAUCUGCUUCAUACAAUAGGAUCUGUAUGGACACUUUUACAUUGACAUGGCGCAUUUCACUGACAGAAUAUAUUAAAGAAAAUGGAAUCACGGUUAUGGUUAGCAUGUGUGUUCAAGGUUGACACUAAUAUGAUAGCAUACACUUUGCAAAAGUCCAUUUAAGUAAAGUAAAAUCAACAGAUUCACCAUUUGUGUUUGUUUCUUGGGUGUUUUAUAAUCUACAUCAUCUGUCAGCUUUUCAAUGACGCUUGGUUACGUACAUAUCAUCAUCAUCCACUGUACUAAAGUCCACCAGAGUUCCAAUACUUUCCAAGACUGUUGAGAAACACUGUCCUAAACCAUAAUUUCUUCAGUGAGUGGCACUCCCCUUGAAGAUCAGCAGGAUGCUUCUUUUUUCCAGAGGAUUUCAUCUGCUGUGGAACCAUUUCAGUGGUUCCACACAAGAGAUGUCACACCUGCAAAUUUCUGACCCCAGGUGGUGGUUUCACCAAAUAGCAAGUGCAUUGCCUUAAAAUUGAGAACAGCCAAAAUCAGGUAUUUCCCUUUGUGUAUUUAACAAAAGAUCAACAACAAAGUAAUCCCAGGGAAAUGUCUAAAAUAAUGUCAAAAACUGUUUAUAAAAUGACUGCACUUUGUGCAUCCCUUUAUAUUCAGAGGAUUCCAUGAUGUCGUCCAUAUGCCACACUGUUAAUAGCCAUUCUGUUAAAAACAAGAAAAAAUAAAAGGAAGGGGGGGGGGGGGGGGGAGCUCAAUCAAAAGUGAUUGUGUGUGGGGGUCUGUGGCUUUUUUUUUUUUUUUAACUCUUUGUGCAGGACAAUUGAUCUCCAUCAAACAAUCUGGAUCUCAAUCAGACCAAUCCUUCACACUUAGCCAAUGCCCUGCUGGCUCCAGGUGCAAACUUGCAUAUGUUUGUGGUCAGAAUAUAGAUGUAUUUAAUUUUGUUGGUAUUUAGAGUUCCUGCAACAAGUGGGUGAUCUUUUCGACAGAGAAAAUAUAACCGAAUGUUCCAUUUUUAGAUGCAUCAUUUUGAAGCUACUAUAUCACUUGAUCUAUGCAAGUUUGUACAUUUGCAGUCAUUAAAAGUUCUGCUGGCUGUAUGUUGGUCAUCUGCACAAAGUUAUUAAAUGUUGCCAAGUUCGUGUACAUCGACUUUUUUUUUUUUUUUACAGUGUAGGUGUGUUAAAACUUUCAGCAUUCAUGUUUCUGUUAUGUAUUUGACUUUCUUGCUCUUUGUAACGGUUAUAGUCUUUGAUGGUUUGACCACAAAUAAAGCAAAUAUGUUAAUGUCAAAA